GGGCUCUAGGAAUAAAUUGGACCUUGUUUUUUUUUGGGUGCAAUUGAAAAGAAAUAAAUGAGAAUGAGUUCGUUUUUGAUCAGCUCCAACUAUGUGGACCCCAAGUUUCCGCCCUGUGAGGAGUACUCCCAUAGUGAUUACUCUCCGGGGUAUUACGGCAGCCAGAAGAGGGAGAGCAGUUUUCAGCAUGGGGCACCCUACCCUCGAUCCGUGUCCAGCAAUAGCAGCAGCAGCGCGUCCUACUCCUCCUGCCAAGGAUCUGUGCGUCAAAGCGCAAGGCUGCCUCACUCAUCUGGACUUGUCCCAGGCGAGAAAGCGCACUUGGAGCCCCACAUGCCCACCAGUUCGCCUCCAUCCUGCAGCCUCAAGUCCUCAGAGCACAAGCACCCCGACUCCCCGGAGCAGGACCCCGUGGUGUACCCCUGGAUGAAGAAGGCGCACAUCUCCAAGGCCACUUCCACUUACUCUGAUGGAGAAGCCAAGAGAUCCCGUACAGCUUACACCAGGCAGCAAGUGCUCGAACUGGAGAAGGAGUUUCACUACAAUCGCUACCUGACCCGCAGGCGCAGGGUGGAAAUUGCGCACACUUUGCGCCUCUCUGAGCGACAAAUUAAGAUCUGGUUCCAGAACAGGAGGAUGAAGUGGAAGAAAGACCACAAGCUCCCCAAUACCAAGAUCAAGUCUAACCCUUCUGUGAACCUCCAAAUUGCAGGGGGGUCCCCGAAUCAGAACAAAGGGAACCAUGUCUGCCAAUGACAUCCCUAGGACUGCUGAAAAAAAAAAAGAUAAACUCGACUCUGGUUUUUGUUUCUAAUUUAUAAAAGGGGAGAAGAGACUUGGCUUGGUCCCCCCCCCCGCUCAUCCAGGAGAAGCCUGUAGAUAGAUUUCAGAUUUGGAGAAGAUAGAUCUAUGUUUCAUCUUUAAUCACGCCAAACCCUGGCCCAUUUGUCAUGUUUACACUGCGGUACAAAGGCUGAACCUCAUCUGACAGAACCAACGCUCAUUUUAAUAAAUGACGCCACCUGUCCCCAUGACUGGAUCCUUUCUCUCCCCUUUUUUUUCUGCGCGUUAUAUGGUGACCAAAUGCAUUGCGGUAGAGUGCUAGCUCUGAGGGUUUCUGUUGCGCAAAUCUUAUUGUUUGUCAAGUCAUUGUUUUUCACUAGCAACCUGUCAACCUCAGACUGGGGACUUGCUUGGAUCACACAGUUUGGGGCCUGAGAUCACACAGAAGCCAAAUUCACAAUGCACAAUUGUAGCUUCUGGCACUGUAAUAUAUAUUUAAGAAAUUGAUCCUGUCCUCUAUAGUAGGCACCCCUACCCACCCAGUUUUAUGUGGAAAAUGCCUUUACCUGUGUACAUAGUUUACCAAUAAUAAAAUAUUUUUGCUCAA